UUAUCAUCAACCCUACCCAUACCAUCUCGAAUCGAUCGCGCACACGGAUCCCCACGUUCUAGCCGACGAGACGGUCAUAUUCCCGGAAGUUUUGGAUCCCAAAAGUAAAGAUUGGUGACGAGCGCAGCUGGCGAAAGAGUGGUUGUUUUGGGUGGCCCAAGAGGGCGGAGGUCCCAUCUGACCACGACGCGCAGUCAUCCGCGCAGGCCCUUCGAUCAUCAACGAUCGUCUGGAAAGUAAUCAUCGUCUCCCAAGGAUAUCUCUGCAAUCAUGGCGAACCUCAACUUUGCCUAUUCGAGCGCGCCGGUGCGCACCGUCGAAGAAAUUCGGUUUGGUCUCUUUUCGGCCAAAGAAUCCGAACGCCUCGCGGUCAUCGACAUCGAAUAUCCUGAGACGAUGGAUGAGCAACGCCUCAGACCUCGCGAGAAAGGUCCGAACGAUCCUCAUCUUGGAACAAUCGAUCGCAACUUCAAGUGCAGUACUUGUGAAGAAAACAUGGCUGAAUGUCCAGGACACUUUGGUGUCAUCAAGCUAGCCACCCCCGUGUAUCAUUAUGGAUUCAUGGCCAGAGUCAAGAAGAUCCUGGAAACGGUCUGCCACAAUUGUGGCAAGAUCAAGGCCCUUGAUUCCGAAGAACUCAAGCACGCAAUCUCCCUUCGAGAUAAGAAGCGAAGAUUCGAAGAAGUCUGGCGUUUGAGCAAGCCCCGACUCAUUUGUGAAGCCGACCCUCCCGAAGACCCUGAUCAACCAUCCAAAGGACCUGCUAUUCCUAAGCACGGCGGCUGUGGAAAUGCCCAACCAGAGAUCAGACGAACUGGUCUGCAGUUGUGGGCCACCUGGAAGGCACGCAAGGGCGAAGAUGACGAAGACAUUACACCUGACAAGAAGCGAAUCUUCCCUGCUGAAGUCCUUCGCACUUUCCGCACCUUGACGGACGAGACAUUGGAGAAAAUGGGUCUCAGCACCGAUUAUGCUCGACCCGAAUGGAUGAUUUUGUCGUCCCUGCCAGUUCCCCCUCCUCCCGUUCGUCCCAGCAUCAGCGUGGAUGGCAGUGGCCAAGGUCAACGUGGUGAAGACGAUCUCACCUUCAAACUUGGCGAUAUCAUUCGUGCAAAUCAGGCUGUUCUUCGUACUGAAGUUGAUGGCACUCCCGACCACAUCAAAGUCGAUCUUCAAGAUCUUCUUCAAUAUCACAUUGCCACCUAUAUGGACAAUGAAAUUGCUGGCUUGGACAAGGCUCAGCACAAGAGUGGCCGCCCAAUCAAGUCAAUCCGUGCACGACUCAAGGGCAAAGAAGGUCGAUUGCGUCAAAAUCUCAUGGGCAAACGUGUGGACUUUUCUGCUCGUACCGUCAUCACUGGUGACCCUAAUCUAUCUCUGGAUGAAGUCGGCGUUCCUCGCAGUAUUGCUCGGACUUUGACAUAUCCCGAGACCGUCACCCCGUUCAACAUUGAAAAGCUCAAACGUCUCGUUGCCGCGGGUCCAGCUGAGCAUCCAGGUGCACGAUACGUCAUUCGAGACACCGGCGAGAGAAUUGAUCUUCGUCAUCAUAAACGUUCCGGCGAACUCAACCUGCAGUAUGGAUGGAAAGUCGAACGUCACAUUCAAGAUGGGGAUGUCAUCCUCUUCAAUCGUCAGCCCUCAUUGCACAAAGAGUCCAUGAUGGGUCAUCGUGUCCGGGUCAUGCCGUAUUCCACUUUCCGACUCAAUCUAUCGGUGACCACCCCAUACAACGCCGAUUUCGACGGUGACGAAAUGAAUUUGCACGUGCCUCAGAGCGAAGAGUCCAGAGCCGAGUUGGCCAACCUUUGUAUGGUCCCUCUUAACAUCGUCUCGCCACAGCGCAAUGGGCCUUUGAUGGGUAUUGUCCAAGACACACUGGCCGGAAUUUACAAAAUCUGCCGUCGAGAUGUCUUCUUGACUCGAGACCAAGUCAUGAAUGUCAUGCUCUGGGUUCCUGACUGGGAUGGGGUGAUUCCACAGCCUGCUAUUAUCAAGCCCACAGCCCGCUGGUCGGGUAAGCAGAUGAUCAGUAUGGUACUCCCAGCACAACUCAACCUCGAGCGUUUGGAUGCGAAGGGUGAAGACCCGUACGUUCCUACAAAUGACACUGGCCUGAUGGUCCUUGAUGGCAGCUUGAUGUUCGGCCUGUUCAGCAAGAAGUUUGUCGGCACCAGUGCUGGUGGUAUUAUCCAUACCAUCUUCAAUGAGUUUGGUCAUGACGCUGCUAUGGCGUUCUUCAAUGGCGCACAAACCGUUAUCAACUACUGGCUAUUGCACAAUGGCUUCAGCAUUGGUGUGGGUGACACAGUCCCUGAUGAACAGACGGUGCAAAAGGUUCAAAACGCUGUCGAUUCAAAGAAGAAGGAAGUUGCUGAGAUCUCGGCGCUUGCUUACAAUGAAGAACUCGAACCCGCUCCCGGCAUGAAUGUCCGUCAAACUUUCGAAAGCAAGGUCAUGAAUGCUCUCAAUCAGGCCCGUGACCAAGCUGGUACAGCAACCGAAGACAGUUUGAAAGAUCUCAACAAUGCCAUCACUAUGGCUCGUGCAGGUUCCAAAGGUUCGACCAUCAACAUCGCACAAAUGAUGGCCAUUGUCGGUCAACAAGCCGUUGAAGGCAAGCGUAUUCCUUUUGGCUUCAAGUAUCGUACACUGCCUCAUUUUGCAAAGGACGAUUAUUCUGCCCCUUCUCGUGGGUUUGUGGAGAACUCCUACCUCCGUGGUUUGACUCCCACAGAAUUCUUCUUCCACGCCAUGGCUGGUCGUGAAGGUUUGAUCGACACUGCUGUCAAAACUGCCGAGACUGGCUACAUCCAGCGUCGUUUGGUCAAGGCACUGGAAGAGGUUACUGUCAAGUAUGACGGCACCAUUCGCGAUAGCCGUGGCAACGUCGUUCAGUUCAUCUACGGUGAAGACGGUCUUGACGGUGCUCACAUCGAGAAUCAAAAGGUUGACAUCAUUACCAUGUCUGACAAGGCCUUCAACAACCGAUUUGCAGUCGAUCUCAUGAAUGGUGAUCUCUCACUUUGGAGGGGCAAAUUGUUACAAGCUCGAGAGAUUCAAGGUGACACCGAACUGCAGGAGCUCUUCGACGAGGAACUCGAAGCACUUCGUGAAGCUCGCGAUUUCCUUCGAAAGAUGGGCAAGGGCACCGAGGACUCGAUGCAAUUGCCUUUGAACAUCGGUCGUAUCAUCGAUCAGGCACAGAAAAAUUUCAAGAUCCGUCGAGGCGAUAAGACUGAUCUCGACCCUCGCCAUGCACUUACUUCUGUCAACCAACUUCUGGAUCGACUGAUCGUGGUCCGUGGAGAUGAUCCCAUCUCCCUCGAGGCCCAGUCAAACGCAACCAUUUUGCUCAAAGCCCAACUGCGGUCACGAUUGGCAUUCAAGAGACUUGUUCUUGAGCAUGGCCUCAAUCGAUUGGCUUUCGACAAUGUCAUUGGUGCAGUCGAAAGCCGCUUCAUCGCGGCCGCGGCUAAUCCAGGCGAAAUGGUCGGUGUCCUCGCCGCCCAAUCAAUCGGUGAACCUGCAACACAGAUGACUUUGAACACAUUUCAUUUCACUGGUGUAUCUGCAAAGAACGUCACCCUUGGUGUUCCUCGUCUCAAGGAGAUUCUCAAUGUGUCGGCGAACAUUCGUACUCCUUCAAUGACUGUCUACCAACUUCCUGACAAGACUGGAGAUAAGGAAGCGGCGAAGCUACUUCGAAGUCGAGUCCAACACACCAAUUUGCGUUCCGUGGCGGAGACCUGCGAGCUCUGGUACGAUCCUGACAUCCAGAGCACUAUCAUUCCGGAAGAUCUGGAUAUGGUUGAGUCAUAUUUCAUCAUCCCCGAGGACUCGGAUCAAGAUCUCGAUGCUCAUUCGAAGUGGCUUCUACGCAUCACGCUCAGUCGUGCCAAGCUCUUGGACAAAGGUCUUAACAUUCAGGAUGUCGCAGCCAACAUCAAAUCCACCUAUGGAAAGGAUCUUUCAGUCAUCUUCAGCGACAUCAAUGCGGAUGAUCAGGUGAUUCGAAUUCGCUUGGUGCAGAACUAUGGCAAAGACGAGGAUGACGAGCGAAAGGAAGACGACGAAGUCCUUCGUCGAUUCCUGAACGAAAUGCUUGACCAUUUGACCUUCCACGGUGUUCCUGGUGUCUCUCGCGCGUUCAUUGACCAGAAGUCUCGCGCUAUCAUCGCAGAUGACAAUUCGGUGUUCAUGGCGAAAAGCGAUCCUCGAUGCAAUGAAUAUGUCCUCGAGACUAGCGGUAGCGCUUUCGCCAAAGUCCUUGCGAUUGAAGGAGUCGAUACGACGCGAACUUACAGCAACAGAUUCACCGAAAUCUUCGAGGUUUUGGGCAUUGAAGCUGCUCGGGCUGCCAUUCUGCGCGAGUUGACUCAGGUUUUGUCGUUCGAUGGCUCAUAUGUCAAUGCCCGUCACUUGGGUAUCCUGUGCGACGUGAUGACCGCCCGAGGAUACAUCAUGGCCGUUACUCGUCAUGGUAUCAAUCGCUCUGACACUGGAGCCCUCAUGCGUUGCUCCUUCGAGCAGACCGUGGAGAUUCUUCUGGAAGCUGCAGCAUUUGGUGAAUUGGACGAUUGUCGUGGCGUUUCGGAGAACUUGAUCCUGGGCCAGGUGGCUCCUGUUGGCACUGGUACGAUGGAGAUUCUACUCGACCACAAUCUUCUGUCCACUGUUGUCUCUGACAAUGGAAACUUGGGACUGGGUGGUGCGAUUGGCGUCAAAGGAAACCAACAGCUGAUCGACGGUGCAGCCACGCCUUACGACUCUGGCUCCCCCAUGCAAGACAACAACUACCUUGGGUCGCCAGAUUAUGGUGCUUCCUUCUCACCCAUUGCUACAGGAUCGGAAACUCCUGGCGGUUUCUCGGAAUACCAACCAGGCUAUGGCACCUCGGGCGGCUUCAGUCCCUUUGGAGCUCGCAGUCCUGGAGGAUAUUCCCCCGCAGGCGGCUUUGGCACGAGUCCCAGCUCACCCAGCUUCUCUCCUACGGCUGGUUAUUCCCCCACUUCACCGAUGUUUGGUGCGACUAGCCCUGGCUUUGGCCCAACUUCGCCAUCAUUCAGCCCAGCCAGUCCAGCCUUUACGCCGACUUCACCUGCAUACUCGCCGACGUCCCCAGGGUACAACUCACCUACUUCGCCGAGUUAUUCGCCUACAUCUCCCAACUAUUCGCCGACGUCUCCGGCAUAUGGUGGCUCGCCCACUUCACCCAGUUACUCGCCUACGUCUCCAGCGUUUAGUCCGACUUCACCGACAUCGCCAACAUCACCGGUGUAUAGUCCAACAUCGCCAAUGUAUAGUCCCACCAGUCCGAUGUAUGGCGGGGCUGGAGGCAAGCAGUCACCAACUUCGCCGAGUUACUCGCCAACUUCACCGACAUACAGCCCAACCAGCCCGACAUCUCCGACCAGUCCUUCGUACUCGCCCACCAGCCCCAUGUACAAUGCCUCACCACGAAGUCCCGCAGCGAAUCGACCUGGAGCUAUUAGCAGUCCACAAUAUUCUCCCAAUAGCCCACAAUACUCGCCAACUUCACCCAAAGAGGACUGAGCGUCGGUUGUAUCAUCAUGACCAGAUGAUCAUUUGGAUCAUCCCUACCAACAGCUCCGUAGUCCAAGCCACCUGAUGGAUCCAUUAGCUUGACCUUCUAUCAGUGCUUGCAUCUGCGAUGUUAUUUUUUGUUCCAAUGCUUUUUAAGGCCCUCAAAUUGUUUCGGGGGGGCAAAGGUCACAACAUCGACACUUUGCUUCUACCCAUAUCUUGGCCAUCAAUGUCUUAUUCACCGAAAAAACAUGUUGAGAUUAUUAGCGACGGCGUUGGAUGGAAUUCUUUUUUUGACCCCCGUGGACAAGACACAACGAAGUGAUCUUCGGGGGUUUGCAUGCAUGAAAAUGGGAGGAAAGGGUCUUCUCGAAGGAAGCAUAGAAUGAACCGAUGUCUCGAGAUGAAAUGGUGAUUCCAGCGUGCGCGUGAGAAGGGACGGACAUGGGGGGGGACGGGUCUAGGACGAGUCGAGACCGAAGAAUGAUGUUAACCGGCUUCGUGGAAAGCGAGAGGAUGCAUGGAGCGCGAAGAUUGACUUGGUGGCGAUGUGGAUGACUGAAAAGCAAGGGAGUGGUUCCCAAACAGUUAUUGCAAUUGUACUCUAGCACAAAGACUUAGAUUGUCACUCGCUGAUGCGAACAGCCAGAAGCUGAAUAGAUAAUGUUUUGGCGGAAAACA